AGUGUCAUGACGGUGUGCUGGAUUUUGAAUGAGAGUCUCUCCAUCAUAGUAGUACUCUCAUGGCUUGGAGUGAAUUUGUUUCUGUUCGUCGACACAUUCUGUUGGUAUGAAGAGGAGGAGUCUUUCUUCUACACACGAGUUAUUCUGGGUUCGACUCUGGCAUGGGCACGAGCAUCUGCACUGUGCCUGAAUUUCAACUGCAUGCUAAUUCUGUUACCUGUCAGUCGAAACCUAAUCUCAUUUGUGAGAGGAACAAGUAGGUGCUGUAAGGGACCUUGGAGGAGGCAACUAGACAAAAAUCUCAAAUUCCACAAGCUGGUUGCCUAUGGGAUAGCUGUUAAUGCAGCCAUCCACACUGUGGCACAUUUGUUCAACCUGGAGCGCUUCCACUUGAGCCAGUCAGAGGAUGCCCAGGGACUUGUGGCUGCACUUUCCAAACUUGGCAGCGCCCCAAAUGAAAGUUACCUCAACCCUGUCCGAACCUUCCACAUGAACACAAUUGCUGGGAGGGUUACGACAAUAGCAGGCGUUACUGGCUUGGUGAUCUCUCUGGCUUUGAUCUUGAUCAUGACUUCCUCGACGGAGUUCGUCAGACAGUCCUCCUAUGAAUUGUUCUGGUAUACACACCACGCUUUCAUCAUCUUCUUUAUCAGUCUGGCUAUUCAUGGGUUAGGUCGAAUUAUUCGAGGCCAAACUCCAGAGAGUCUCCUGCUACACAAUGUCACCUUCUGUAGAGACCACUAUGUUGAAUGGCAGGCAGCUGGCCCGUGCCCUGUGCCUCAAUUUUCUGGCAAGGAACCUUCGGCUUGGAAAUGGUUUUUGGGCCCUGUAUUCGUGUAUGCAUGUGAAAGAAUAAUUAGGUUCUGGCGAUUUCAACAAGAAGUCGUCAUUACCAAGGUGAUAAGUCACCCAUCUACAGUCCUGGAACUUCAGAUGAAAAAGUGUGACUUUAAGAUGGCACCAGGGCAGUACAUCUUCCUGCAGUGUCCCGCCAUCUCACCCCUGGAAUGGCACCCAUUCACACUUACUUCUGCACCCCAGGAGGACUUCUUUAGUGUGCACAUCCGGGCAUCAGGAGACUGGACAGAAGCUUUAUUUAAAGCCUUUGGAGCAGAGGGACCAGUCCUCCAGGUGCCCCGCAGCCUGCCAAGGUUGGCAGUGGAUGGGCCAUUUGGGGCCACUCUGACAGAUGUGUUCCACUAUCCUGUGAGUGUGUGCAUAGCGGCAGGGAUUGGAGUCACUCCCUUUGCCUCACUUCUGAAAUCUAUAUGGUACAAAUGCUGUGAGUCUCCAAGCCAGCUGAAGUUAAGCAAGGUGUAUUUCUACUGGAUUUGCCGAGAUGCACAGGCAUUUGAGUGGUUUGCCAGUCUCUUACUCUCACUGGAAACACGGAUGAGUGAGCAAGGGAACACGCACUUUCUGAGUUAUCAUAUAUUUCUUACUGGUUGGGAUGAAAAUCAGGCUAUUCACAUAGCCUUACACUGGGAUGAAAACACAGAUGUGAUUACUGGCUUAAAGCAGAAAACCUUUUAUGGGCGCCCCAACUGGAACAAUGAGUUCAAGGAGAUAGCCUACAGCCACCCUAGCAGCAGCAUUGGCGUGUUCUUCUGUGGACCUAAAGCCCUGUCAAAGACACUUCAAAAGAUGUGCCGCUUAUAUUCAUCAGCUGAUCCCCGGGGUGUUCAUUUUUAUUACAACAAUGAAAGCUUCUAG